CCCAAGAUCGUGGAGGCCCUGCUGGGCUACGAGAUGGUGCAGGUGGCUUGUGGCGCGUCUCACGUCCUGGCGCUUUCCAACGAACGGGAAGUGUUCGCCUGGGGCAGGGGGGAUAACGGUCGGCUCGGGCUGGGGACCCUGGAGGGCCACAACUCCCCCCAGCAGGUCGCAGUCCCGCCGGAGCACGAGGCUCAGAGGGUCAUCUGCGGCAUCGAUUCCUCCAUGGUCCUCACAGCGAAGAACCACAUUCUGGCUUGUGGGAGCAACAGGUGUAACAAGCUGGGCCUGGAUCGGAUCGCCUCGGCAGAGGAGCCGUCCCCAGAGGACCAGGUGGAAGAGGCCACCGUGUUCACGUGCGUCCAGUCGUUCCCCUUGAGCCAGGAGCCGAUUGUGUGUGCUGACAUCGGUACGGCGCACUCGGCCGCAGUCACAGCUUCCGGCCAGUGUUACACCUUUGGGAGCAACCAGCAUGGGCAGCUGGGCACCAACUCCUGCCGCAACAGCCGCGUACCCCACCUGGUUGUGGGGCUCCAGGCGACGAAGGUCACCGUGGUGGCUUGUGGGGAUGCUUUCACUGUGGCCAUCGGAGCAGAUGGCGAGGUGUGCACGUGGGGAAAAGGAGCCAGGGGACGCCUGGGCAGGAAGGAUGAGGAAACGGGAGCACCGAGGCCGGUGCAGCUGGAGGAGACGCAUCCAUACCUGGUGACCUCCGUAGCCUGCUGCCACGGGAACACGCUGCUGGCAGUGAAGCCUGCCGUGGAAGAGUCGCCCUCCCAGUGA